UCUCUCACUCUGUCUGCAUUGCAGAAGUCGCCGCGCAAGCUAUCCAAUUCAUCGGUGCAUGCACUGCCCGAGAGUCGACGCCAUUUGAUGGAAUUGGAUGAGGGCGAACUCUUCAUGGAGCUGAUACGUGACGUGGCCAACGAGCUGGACAUUGAUGUGCUCUGCCAUAAGAUAUUGGUGAACGUGGGCCUGCUAACCCAUGCGGAUCGUGGAUCUCUCUUUCUGGCCAAGGGCACGCCAAACAACAGGUACCUGGUGGCCAAGCUCUUUGACGUCACACAAACGACAGCACUCAAGGAUGCAGUGACGCGGGCGCGAGCCGAGGAGAUCAUCAUACCGUUUGGCAUCGGCAUCGCUGGCAUGGUGGCCCAGACAAAGCAGAUGAUUAACAUCAAGGAGGCCUACAAGGAUGCUCGCUUCAAUUGCGAAAUCGACUUGAAGACCGGCUACACAACCAACGCCAUACUCUGCAUGCCCAUUUGCAACUACGAGGGCGACAUCAUAGGCGUGGCACAAAUCAUCAAUAAAACCAAUGGCUGCAUGGAGUUCGAUGAGCACGACGUGGAAAUAUUUCGCAGAUAUUUGACAUUCUGCGGCAUUGGCAUACAGAAUGCCCAGCUGUUCGAGAUGUCCGUCCAGGAAUACCGGCGCAAUCAAAUCCUCUUGAAUCUGGCACGCAGCAUCUUCGAGGAGCAGAACAAUCUCGAGUGCCUUGUCACCAAAAUCAUGACCGAGGCCAGGGAGCUGCUCAAAUGCGAACGCUGCUCCGUCUUUCUGGUGGAUCUCGAUUGCUGUGAGGAGAGCCAUUUGGAGAAGAUAAUCGAGAAGCCUCAUCAGCUCCAGCAGCAGCGCACCUCGCGUGCCAUUAUGAGUGGCGACAGCUUUGAGGAGAAGCAGAAUAUGCGCAAUCGCUUCACCGUGCUGUUCGAGCUGGGCGGGGAAAAUCAUGCGGCGAAUGUCUCCCGGCCCUCCAUCAACGAUCUGAGCCACUCGACGCUGGCGCAGAUAGCCCAAUUCGUGGCCACCACCGGGCAGACGGUGAACAUCUGCGACGUUCAGGAUUGGGUGAGGGAGCACAAUCAGAUACGCGCCGAGAGCGAGAUCGACAGCACCCAUGCCAUACUCUGCAUGCCCAUUGUGAAUGCCCAGAAGACGGUCAUCGGCGUCGCCCAAUUGAUAAACAAGGCAAGCGGUUUGCCCUUUACCGAAUCGGAUGCGUCCAUAUUCGAGGCGUUCGCCAUAUUCUGCGGCCUGGGCAUACACAACACGCAGAUGUACGAGAACGCCUGCAAGCUGAUGGCCAAGCAGAAGGUGGCAUUGGAGUGCCUCAGCUAUCAUGCCACGGCCAGCCAGGAUCAGACCGAGAAACUGGCCCAGGACGUCAUUGCCGAGGCCGAAGCGUACAAUUUGUACAGCUUCACCUUUACGGACUUUGACCUGGUCGAUGACGACACCUGCCGUGCGGUGCUGCGCAUGUUUAUGCAAUGCAAUCUGGUCUCGCAGUUCCACAUACCCUACGAUGUGCUCUGCCGCUGGGUGCUCAGCGUUCGCAAGAACUAUCGCCCAGUCAAGUACCACAAUUGGCGGCACGCCCUGAACGUGGCUCAGACAAUGUUCGCGAUGCUGAAGACGGGCAAAAUGGAGCGCUUCAUGACCGACCUGGAGAUACUGGGCCUGCUGGUGGCCUGCUUGUGCCACGAUCUGGACCAUCGCGGCACCAACAAUGCGUUCCAAACCAAAACUGAAUCCCCACUGGCUAUACUCUAUACCACCAGCACCAUGGAGCAUCAUCAUUUCGAUCAAUGUGUCAUGAUACUCAAUUCCGAGGGCAACAACAUAUUCCAGGCUCUGUCGCCCGAAGACUAUCGCUCCGUCAUGAAGACUGUCGAAAGCGCAAUACUCUCCACCGAUUUGGCAAUGUAUUUUAAGAAGCGCAAUGCGUUUCUCGAGCUGGUCGAAAAUGGCGAAUUCGAUUGGCAGGGCGAGGAGAAGAAAGAUUUGCUGUGCGGCAUGAUGAUGACGGCCUGCGACGUGAGCGCCAUAGCCAAGCCGUGGGAGGUGCAGCAUCGCGUUGCCAAGCUAGUGGCCGAUGAGUUCUUCGAUCAAGGCGAUCUGGAGAAGCUGCAGCUGAACACUCAGCCUGUGGCCAUGAUGGACAGGGAGCGCAAGGAUGAGCUGCCCAAAAUGCAGGUGGGCUUCAUAGAUGUCAUUUGUCUGCCGCUCUAUCGAGUGCUAUGCGACACGUUCCCCUGGAUAACGCCGCUGUACGAGGGCACGCUGGAGAACCGACGCAACUGGCAGGAUUUGGCGGAGAAAGUGGAGAUGGGGCUCACCUGGAUCGAUCACGACACGAUCGACAAGCCGGUUGAGGAGUUUGCCGGCUGUGCCGAUGAGGAGAUCAAGGACAUUGAGUUCACAGUGACGACGCUCAACUGCAAUCAGCAUGGCGGCAGCGCCGGCGGUGGGGAGGACACCCACACACCGGAGCAUCAGCGCAGCAGCUCACGGCUGAGCAUUAAGAAGACAGGCGCCUUGGGCAAGGUGGUGCGCUCGAAGCUAUCGAAGACGCUCUACAACAGCAUGGACGGCUCGAAGCCAAAGACAUCGCUCAAGCUGCUCGAGUCGCAUGUCAGCGAGGACAUGGACGACAAGAGUCCGACCAGUCCAUCCCAGCCACAUUCCGGUAGCGUUGGCCGCAUGUCCGCCUCCUCGUCCACAUCGUCAGCGGGCACCGUCGACAAGACAAAGAAACGCUCCAAGCUGUGCGCGUUAUUAUGACGAAAGCCGUCUAAUUAGAGUUUGGUGACCCCCUCCAGUGCGCCUGGCAGUGAGACUGACAAAAGCGGAGGGGGGCUGACCGAAAUCUAAUUGGCUGAACAGUUUGGCUGGACGGUGUGCAUAGCAACAAAAUGCCAGCCAUCAAUCCUACAAUUAUAAUCUCGAACGACAUUGUCUUAACUAACUAACUAACCAACCAACUAACUAACGAUAGUAACUAACUAAUUAAUGUGUAGUGCAAGUUGAAUGAGAACAACUUUAGUUUACUCUACGUGUAUAUGCCUAUAAGUAGAGACCAAUAUACCCACGCCCUCACACACCCACACCCACAAACCCACACCCACAAACCCACACAUACCCAUACAGCAAAGAUAAUUGCAAUAUUAUACCUAAGUGAAUGUCAAAUCAUGUGAUCUAUUUAAGGUCCUAAAGGCCAAAGCGCAUGCGCAUUAAGCCUUUUGGUAUACUCUCUUUAUCUCUCUCUCUCUCUCUCUCUCCUCUUCCGCUCUUCUACUAUCUAUCUGUCUCUGUUUUUCCAGCUUUGAAUCUGAACGAAUCGUAACUCUAAGCUCUUAGAUGUUUGUACACCACACAAAGUCAAAUAUAUGUAUGUACUAUAUAGAUAAUCGAUAUAAAUGUGUUAAGUAGUUCUUCGUAAUCGAAACGUGCUAGUCAAACGUAUAAAAUACCAGAUAAAUAAAUAUAUAUAUAGAGCAUACACAUAUGUUUAAGCAAGAAAUUCGACGAGGCUAUGCAUGACUAAACUAUCUAGUUUUAUCGAGGCUGACGUGGCCGAAAAAAAAUAAAACUAUUACCACUAGUCCGCAUGUGAUAAAUAUAUACACGUGUUGUACUCGUACUCUUAAACUCUAGAUGGCAUUACCAAAUCCAAAAUACAACAUGUACUAAUAUGUUUAACUAUAUUUAAGCAGCUGUUGAAAUAAAA